AAAAAGGCCUACACAGGGCACCCUCAAAAUUCACAGGCUUGAGUUAGCAGGCGGAUAAAUCAUCAUCGUCAAACAAUUUGGGUCUUUUGCUUCAAAAGACCACCAUUGAACUACAGACCCUAAUUCAAUUCAAAGCCUUCCCGAACUUGAGAGAAUAAGUUCCCCUGAUGCCCACACACAUGGCGUAAGCUGAAAGUACACCGCUCGCUCUGGCUCUGCUUCCAUAUCACUCUCUCUCUUUCCUCAAUCGUCACAACACAAAAGCCGCCGAAAACCCCUUCAGCUUUCAUCGCAAACCCUAGAAGAUGUCGGGCGGGUUCUUCAGGGGUACGUCCGCUGAUCAGGACACAAGGUUUUCCAAUAAGCAAGCUAAGCUGUUGAAAUCUCAGAAGUUUGCACCUGAAUUGGAACAUUUGGUGGAUACCUCGAAGGUGAAUAUGGAGGUUAUGCGCCCGUGGAUUGCUACUCGGGUAACAGACCUUCUCGGGUUCGAAGACGAAGUUCUUAUCAACUUUAUUUAUGGUCUUUUGGAAGGAAAGGUAGUGAAUGGGAAGGAAGUUCAAAUUUCGCUUACUGGAUUUAUGGAGAAAAACACUGUGAAGUUUAUGAAAGAGCUUUGGACGCUUCUUAUCAGUGCACAAAACAAUGCUAGUGGUGUCCCUCAACAGUUCUUGGAUGCCAAACAAGAAGAAGCACGGAAAAAGAAGGAGGAGGCAGACAGGUUUGCAAAUGAAAUUCAGAGAAAGAAAGAUAAGGAGAGGAUGGAUCAACAAGAGAUAUUGAAGAUGGAAGGAGGGGUUGAUAAGAAAUCAAGCAAUAUUGCGUUGGAGCCAAACUCAAAACGUGUGUCACCAAGGACUUCAAAUGAUCGUUCUGAGGAUGAAAGAGGAAAUGAAAAGCGCAAUGGUGUGAAGGCAAGGAACAAGGUUUCAAGAUCUCCAAAUUCAGGAAAUUCAUCUCUGUCUCCUAGUGAAAGACACCGGUCAAAAAGUGUUUCCAAGUCACCAAAAGCACGGAGACGGUCCAUUUCUUCAGAAAGAGGUUAUCGCUCUCCACCAAGACGGCCUAUUACAACUCUUCGGAGGCAUUCACCCGAGGGAUCACUCUCGCCGAGAGGAAGAUCACCUUAUUUGAGGCGAAGAUCUAGAUCAUAUUCCCCACAAAGAUCACCCUCUCCGUAUCGGCGUAGAUUACGUUCUCCCUAUCGGCAUAGAUCACCUUCUCCCGGUCGUCGUCGAACGCCUCCACCCUCACCUGUCCGACGCCGCAGAUCACCCUCACCUGUCCGACGCCGCAGAUCACCCUCACCUGUCCGACGCCGCAGAUCACCCUCACCUAUCCGACGUCGCAGAUCACCCUCACCUGUCCGACGCCGCAGAUCACCCUCACCUGUCCGACGCCGCAGAUCACCCUCACCUAUCCGACGUCGCAGAUCACCCUCACCUGUCCGACGUCGCAGAUCACCCUCACCUGUGCGGCGUCGCAGGUCACCCUCUCCUUUGCGACGUCGCAGGUCACCUUCUCCUGUAAGACGUCGCAGAUCCCGCUCACCUGUGCACCGCAGAUCUCCCUCACCUGCACGACGGUGGUAUCGAAGAUCUCCAUUGACUUCACGCAACAGGUAUGCAUCUCCAGUGCAACGUAGGUCACCGGUUCGUGGUGGUAGGAGAUCACCAACUCCUCGGAAUAGGUCUCCUUCGCCUUAUGUCCGAAGUUCUGCAUCUCCUAUUCAGAAUGGUUCCCCUUCACCAAUCAGGGGAACAAAGUAUCAGAGAUCUCCGUCACAAUCUCCUCAAGAAAGAACCAGGUCCCAAUUUUCUCCUGUGCCACGUCAGUCCUCUAGCUCUCCCGGAUCACUGCAGAGGGAAUCAAAGAAAGAGAAAGAUUCCCAUAAAAGAGCACCAGAUUUGUCGCCAUCACCAGAGAAGUCUCACAUACUGUCAGAAUCUCCACCAGGUGUAAGGAGUGCUAGUGAAGAAAGGAGAUCCUCUAGUCCUUAUGAGAGUCCGGUGCGACGACCAAGGGAGCAAAUGACUCGUAAUGUUAGCUCAAGUCCUCCAAGGAAACCAAGAGAACAAAAGCUUCGUCGUGGAAGUCCAGAAAUAAGCGAAGAGGAGGAUGGUGAUUAUAGACCUAAGUCCACAGAGAGAAGAUCAAAAAAUACAUCAGUGAUCAGUAAGCCGAUAGUUUCUCCUGCUAAGGUUCAUAACAAGGAAGACUACUCUCCUGAAAGAGUAGCAUCUGGUCGUAGAUCUACCGAAUCUCGGAGUCGUCUGGAUAAUAUGGAAUUCAGAAACAAAGAGCAGGAGAUGAGGAGUGGGAAAUCUUCUGGGAGGGGGGCUCCUGGAACUCCUGAGCAACAAAAGGCAGCAACCAUGUCAAAGGACUCUCUGCCUGGUGAGACUCAACAGGUGUCGUAUCCUAAUGAAGGUAGAAAGACUGAUGAUAAGAACCGCUCUCAUUCAAAGAAUUCCAAGGACAGUGACCGGCAUCACAAACCUGGAUCUGUACACUCUUCAGUUGAGAAGGUUGAUCAUAUUAAUCAAAGUGGCACUUUUGAUUCUGGUUCUGAGGAAAGUGACAAAUGCAGAGGUGGGGAUAAGGAAAAAAGAAAGAAUAAGAGAUCAGAGAGGCAAGCAGUGAUUUCAGAUGAUGAUUACAGUAAUGAUUCUGAAAUAGAAGACAGGAAGGGCUCUAAAAGGAGGAGGAAAGAGGAAAAGAGAUUGCGGAAGGAGAAGAAGCGCCGAAGACGUGAGGAGCGACGCCGCAGAAAAGAAGAACGUCGUGCAGAGAAGCUGAAAGGAAAGAAUUACAGUGAUGCUUCUGCUUCAGGUGGUGAACAUGUAGGCAGGAGGGAGCUUCAUUCAAGUGACAAUGAAGAGGCAGAGGCUAUUCAGAAGAAACUUGAGAUUGAGUUACGCAAGAAGGCUCUCGAAUCACUUAAAGCAAAGAAGGGCAUCAAUCACUAAAUUUGUUACUAUGUUCAGACAUUGUGAUGUUAUUUAAUCUUUUCAAUCCUUUUAAGCAGUAACAUUUCAGAUUUGCUAGGAAUUUGAAUGAGAGUAUUUCUAUGUUUUGUUUACUGUUUAAUGUAGUCUGUGUUUACUGCUGGCAGCUUAAGUGGAUAAAUGAGGAUUUCCUGAGCUAUUCUCUUGAG